AUGUACACUUCUACUGUUCUACUUGGCCUCGCCGCCUCUGCGAGCGCUCACAUCGCCUCGUGGAACCCAGGCAUGUAUUGCAAGGGUGGAAACGACUCCUCUGUCGACAGCCCCAAUACCAAUCUCGCCGUGAACCCCCUCUACGACCUCCCAAAGAGCCAAUGGUGGAUGCAAGCCGACCGCGGCUGCGACCUCGUGCCUCCUCCGGAUGGAGAAUUCCUCGAGCUCCCCGCCGGAAAGUCCUUUAUGACCGAGCUGGCCAACAACCGCGCCUUUACGACCCUGUCGUAUGACGGCACUCUUACCACAGACUGGCAGGAUGGAAAGAACCGCUCCAUGCCUUGGAGGGGACCUGGAAACCCUCCCGGAUGUCUUAUGGACGGUGGAGAUGGAUCUGGUGGCGAGUUGCACACCAGGAGUAUUGAGACAACUGGUGGAACGGCCUGGGCCAUUUCCUAUGAGAGCGACAUCAAGAAGGUUACCAUGGACAACCUUGUCGUGUUCUCUGUUCGAUACUACUCUCCCUUCUUCCGCGAGACCUGGUACGACGUCCCAGCCGAUCUUCCCGCGUGUCCCGAAGAGGGCUGCUACUGCGCCUGGCUCUGGAUCCCCGACGGCUGUGGCCAGCCCAACAUGUACAUGCAGAACCACCGCUGCAAGGUCACGGGCAGCACGUCCACCAAGAAGCUCGGCACGCCCAAGCCCCCCGUCUGGUGCCGCGACGACCCUACCAAGUGCGUCAAGGGCCCCAAGCAGAUGAUGGCCUGGAACCAGGCUGAGGGUAACAACGUUUCUCCCCCCAACGGCAAGACUCCUACGUACAACCAGCGCAUGGGUUUCAUGGACGGUGCUCAGGAUGAUAUCUUUGAGUAG